ACUAUAUUUGGUUAUCAGUAAUGAAAUGAACUUUAACGAAGGCAUAAUAAACCAAAACAUUAGCAAAAUUACGUUCCAUUUCGUCAGACGCUCACCGGCUCAAGAGAUGGCUAAACCCUUUACAGUUUGCAGAGUCGUCAUCUGCAUUUCCCGGCAGUCGUGCGUGGGCAAGGCAGCUUCAGGUGAGCAUCAGACAGGCAGGUGUCAAAACAAGCACCAAGGCAGCAAGGCACCAGGUGAGCAGGCAAGCAGCAAAGUACGGAUGCAAGGCAAACCGAAAGGGAGCGAGGCGCAAGACGAGAAGGCAGGCAAGCAGCAAAGCAAGCAGCAAGGCACGUGUCAGAUGGGUGAGCACCAGGGACGGAGGAGCAGAGAGGGUAUCAAGAAAACAGCAAGGCACACGGAAAGAAGGAAGGCAUCCAGCAAGUAAAGGCAAGAGGAAGGGCGACAGGUGAGUGGGUAGGCAAGCAGGAGGGCAACAGGGAAGGCGAAUGGGCAAGGCAAGCAGCAAGGCACAAGGCAGGGAGGCAGGAGAGUGCAUAGGCAAAGAGGCAACAGGGCAGGCGAAAUGGCAAGGCAAGCAGCAAGGCACAAGGCGGAUGGGCGAGCAGCAGGGACAGGGGAGCAGAAAGCGUCACGGCAACAGCAAGGCAGAAGGCGAGAAGGCCGGGGUACAGCAAGGCAAGGCACAAGGACGGGGGGGAGGUGAGUGGGCAGGCAAGGAGCAAGGUAAGAGGGCAGGCAAAGUGGCGAGGCAAGCUGCAAGCCAGGGAGGCGGGUGAGUGGGUAGGCAAAGAGGCAAAGGGCAGGCAGAGUGGCGAGGCAAGCAGCAAGGCACAACGCAGGGACGCAGUCGAGUGGCAAGGAAAGCUUUUGAGGUGACAGGGCUGGCAAGUCGCAAGGCGAGCGGCAAGGCAACGGCAAAGCAAACACGAAAUGCGCAAAGCAGGCAGGCUACAAGGCAAACACAAGGCGAAAAGACGAGGCACGCGGGAGUCAAGGCGGAAGUCAGCAACUGGCAAAGGGAAGGCGAAGUGGGAAGGCAAGCAGCAAGGCAGGGAGGCAGGCAAGCGGCAAGGAAAGCUUCGAGGUGACUGGGCUGGCAUGUCGCAAGGCAAGCGGCAAGGCAACUGCAAAGCAAAGGCGAAAUCCGCAAAGCAGGCAGGCUGCAAAGCAAACACAAGGCAAAAAGACAAGGCACGCGGGAGUCAAGCCGGAAGUCAGCAAGAGGCAAAGCGCAGGCGAAGUGGGAAGGCAAGCAGCCAGGCAGGGAGGCAGGCAAGCGGCAAGGAAAUCUUUGAGGUGACCGGGCUGGCAAGUCUCAAGGCAAGCGGCAAGGCAACAGCAAAGCAAAGGCGAAAUGCGCAAAGCAGCAGGCAGCAAGGCAAACACAAGGCAAAAGGCCAAGGCACACUGGAGUCAAGCAGGCAGUCAGCAAGGCAAACUCAAGGGGAAAAACAAGACACAAAGAAGCCAAGCAGGCAGGCAGCAAGGCAAGCAGCAAGGCAAGAAGCAAGGAACACGGCAUAAGGCAGAAAGCAGGCAAGCAGGUGAGCAGCAAAGCAAGCGGCAAGACAGAAGGCAGACAGAAGAUAAGCCGACAGGACGCGCAGUAGGGUGUGGUGUGUGUGGCAAGGCAACAAGGCACAGGACAGGCAUGUAGGACGUCUUUCAGGCAAACAGCCCAGCAGGCCAAGUAAUGAGCAGCCCAAGAUCCCAACGCAACAUCUCAUUCCUAGUGCGACAUCUCAUUCGUUCAUGCAGAACGGAGCAGACAAUGACUUAAGCACCAUAUGGAAAACGACAGCAGACCCUAGGUCCACAUAUAGUACAGCAGUGCAGUUUGGCCAGGUUGGAAAUGGAGAAGUAACUGAUCGAGUUUAGAGUUGUGCAGUCCGAUGAAGAUCUAUGUAGACUGCAGUGUUCCAUGUGAGCUUGCCAGACGGUAGCGACCUGUUUUUACUUUUGAGUGUUUUUCUUUUCCUUCGAUUUGGACCGUUUAUCGAUUUAUGUGUGCCAUUCUUCCACAGGGGCCAUGGUAAUAUUCUCUCUCUGUGUGUAUUGUUCCAAUUUUAACGGAUGUCCUGAAGGACCAGAUAGUAGUGAUCUGACGAG